AUGGUAACAAGGUAUAACGACACGGAACAGCCCAUACAGACAGUGUACAACAGACUGUAUCGCAGACCUGGAUGUAUCACAGAGAACCGUAAUGGAGAUGUUAUUGUGUCUGAUAUUGACCGUGUAAUUGUGACAAAUCAUGGAGUGGUGACAGAGCGUGGUGGUAGACAUCGGUUUUCCUACACAGGACCUCCAUCAGGAUCAGGACUGAUACCAUUAGGAAUCUGUACAGACAUAAUGUCACACAUUUUGGUUCGUGAUGUUUACACCAACUCGUACAGAUUAUUGACAAUGAUAGUCACUUUUUGUCACUGA